AUGGCGACACAGCUAAAUGGGAUUGUACCAUGCUGUUUUACGCUAUCCGGUAUUCAGAUUGUGUAUCUCAAUCCAUCGAACAGAUCAAAUGUGGACGACCUAAGGAAAUUUCGAAAUAAAGAAUUUGCACAUAUGCCACGGAGCCACCUCUUCGACAGAGAUUUCCAAAAAGUUAUUUUAAAAGUUAAAACUGUAUUCACCGCACUCGGUCUCCCCACAUUAAAAAUCAAACAAACUUCCCUACAGAGAAGUUAGACGAAGUUUUAAGGAAGGUUGACGAGUUGAAACAAGAACUUAAGGAAAAGAAAAAGGAACUUCUAGAAAAAGACAAGGAACUUCUUGAAGAAGGAACAAAACAGGAGAAAAACUAG